UUUAAAUGUGCUCUUGGUGAUUAUGGGACAAAUUUCAAACCCGGUCUUAAAAAACACCUUCAUAUUUUCUAUAAAAUAUUUUCAAAUCAAAGCUGUAACGAUUUUAACAAUUUUAAUUGUAGUGCUUGUGAUUAUUGGAUAAAUAAUAGUUCGUACUCUUAGCAACACCUUUUGGGGUACAAUUGGGUGUGAGAUUGCGUGCUAUCUUCAAAUCACAGGUGCUUGCGAGGUUUUCUCAUUGGAAGGAACAGAUUUAGAGAGACCACUACGUUGGAAAAACGGUAUUUUUAGUGCAUUUUCGUUUUCUCUAAGCCCAUUGGAUCUUUACGCUAAAAGGAUCCUGAGUGCACACUACUAAUUAGGGUUUUAUAAAAAAUAAAAGGGCGUUCCUGGUGGUGAAGAGAUUCUGUCGAGUUGCCUAUAUAGAAGGCAGCGCUGGAAGAAUGUGUUCUAUGGUACGGUUCUGUUCAAAGUGGACGUCGAUAUUCUGUGUGAUAUGCAUCUUUCUCUCUCACUUGUGUCUUUAGUUUUUUCUCUUAUAUAUAUGGUUUUUUGUGGUGUUUGUGUCAAGCUACGAGUAAAAAAUAAUUACUCGUAGGUGUCAAGAUUUACGUGUGUCUUGUAUGUACGAUUAUUGAUUAAUAAAAAUAUGGAUGGAGAUAAUGAACCACUUCUCAUUAAAAUCGAACCAAAACAAGAAGAAGAAAUCCAUUCCUUUCUUCAAGAACACAUUUCAGUAAACAACGAAGUUUUGUUGACAAUAAAGGAUGAAACUACCAUUAGUACACAAUGUCGUAUGGAGGGAGAUGAUACACCGCUCAUUAAAAUCGAACCAAAACAAGAGGGAGAAGUCCAUUCCUUUCUUCAGGAACACAUUCGAGUAUGGAUGGCGAUAACGACACACCAUAUAAAAUCGAACCCAAACAAGAAGAAGAAAUCCAGUCCCUUCUUCAGAGACACAUUUCAAUAAGCAAUGAAGUUUUGGUGACGGUAAAGGACGAAAUUACUAUCAGUGCACCAUGUUCUCAAUCUCUUCAAUGUCACUGUUUAACUCGGUGUACAACAGUGUCGAAAGUUUUUAAAUGUGCUGAUUGUGAUUAUGAGACAAAUUAUAAAAGCAACUUCAAACGACAUCUUUUAAAGCAUAAAAUUUCUAAGGCUUUUAAAUGUGCUCAUUGCGAUUAUGGAACCAAUGAUAAAUGCAAUUUCAAACAUCAUCUUUUAAAACAUAAAGUUUCUAAGGAUUUUAAAUGUGUUCAUUGUAACUAUGACACAAAUUUUAAGUCCAAUUUUAAAAAACACCUUUUGAAACAUAAAGUUUCUAAGGAAUUUAAAUGUACUACUUGUGGUUAUGAGACAAAUGAUAAACACUAUUUCAAACAACACGUUUUACAACAUAAAGUUUCCAAGGAGUUGAAAUGUGCUGUUUGUGAUUAUGGGACAAAUAAUAAACACCUCUUUAAACGACACCUUCUAAAACAUAAAGUUUCUAAGGAUUUUAAAUGUGCUUCUUGUGAUUAUGAAACAAAUGAUAAACACUACUUCAAACAACACAUUUUGCAACAUAAUGUUUCUAAGGAGUUUAAAUGUGCUCAUUGUAACUAUGAGACAAACUUUAAAUCCGAUCUUAAAAAACACCUCUUAAAACUUAAAGUUUCAAAGGACUUUAAAUGUGCCACUUGUGAUUAUGGCACAAAUAAUAAACACCACUUCAAACGACAUCUUUUAAUACAUAAAGAAUUUAAAGAUUUUAAAUGUGCUACUUGUGAUUAUGGGACAAAUGAUAAAUACUACUUUAAAAGGCAUUUUUUAAAACACAAAGUUUAAAGAUCUUUAAAAUGUACCUACCUACUAUAAUUGUACCUAUGACAAAAAUUAUAACGUUUUAACUAGGGAAGAAAUAUGGUAAUCGUGAUUUUGGAGCAAAUGAGAAACACUUCUUCAAAUACCUUUUUUACAACAUAAAAUUUAAAUGCACUAAUUGUGAUUAUGAGAUAAUUAAUAGAUCGGACUUUGAGCAACAUACCUUUUGGAAUACCUUAGGCAUUACCUUAAAAUUACAGAUUCUCUUGAGUUUAGUUACCUCAUUGCUGAAGAGUGAAGGGUCCUGACAGUUAGCACACUGCUAAUUCUACUAUACAGUUUGAAUAUCUAUUUUACUUUGUAAACUGUUGGCCAAAGUUAAUAGUAAAGCCUGUCAUUGCCUGCUCUGUACAUGUUUGUUUAUGCAGGCUCAUAAUUUGUGUAGAUUUAACGCUAUUAAAUUUGCUUAUAUAGGUAGCAAUAAACCACCAACCCUGCAUGAACAAAGCAAUAGUCGAAACUACUGCUGAACAAAAGGAAAGUAGAAAGAGAUAGAUAGAGAGAUAGAAAAAUAUGUUUAUGUAAAAGAAUAAUCGAGAGAAUAAUGGGCUUUAUUUUAUUUAUGUUGGAACCCUUAAAAACUGAAAAAAGCUGGAACAGGAACCGAAACCCAAAAUUCCUACGCUACAAAACCGGAACCCUUAAAAAAUAAUUCUACCUAAACAGUGCGGAACCGGAACCCAUAUUUCAUAUAGAUGGCGCCAAAGCGAAAUAAUGUCAAUUUCUGUGAAUGAGUUAAGGUCACUGCACAAAAAUGUAUAAUUUCUGUGGUUAAGGUGUAUUCCAAAAGGGGAUUCCCGAAGUUCUCAUGGGAACGGUGAAAAACAGGGACGGGGUACGAGAAAAAUCGGAUUUCCCAAAGACGGUAAAGUAAGAGAUGUUUGAUGGCAACAGCGCUUUGGUAUGAUUUUAUGGAAAAGUGACACCUGUUUUCUAAAUGUUACGAAGUUUGGCAUGUAGAUAAGUUCAAGGCCGUAUUCUGUGGAUAAGUUCAGCCGAAUGAAGAUGGAAUGGCGUCUGACAUCGUUUUGCCAGUUUUCCAUAAUUUAUUUCAAUAGUUAAGUAUUUUGUGAGUGUUUGUGAGAGGAGAGAUAACAGUACAAAAUUCGCCGGGACUACUAGUCAAACAUACAAAUAAAUAUAACCAUACGUAUUCAAUCUUGAUUAUGUUCCUAUUGUUCGAAUACCAAAAUAGAUAUGGAUGGCGAUAAUGACACCCUACUCAUUAAAGUUGAACCAAAACAAGAAGAGGAAAUCCAUUCCUUUCUACAUGAACACAUUUCGAUACGCAAUGAUGUUUUGGUGACAAUAAAGGAUGAAGUUACUAUUAGUACACCCUGUUCUAAAUCCCUUCAUAAUGAAGAAGUAGAGCAACACUCUGACUUUCAACGUAACCUUUUAACUCAGAUUAAAACAGUCUCCAAAGAAUUUAAGUGUGCUGAUUGUGAUUAUGAAACCAAUUAUAAAUCUUCUAUCAAAAGACACUUUUUAAUACAUAAAGUUUCUAAGGAUUUAAAAUGUUGUAAUUGUGAUUAUGCGACAAAUCAUAAGCCUGCUCUUAAAAAACACCUUUUAAAACAUAAAGUUUCUACUGAUUUUAAAUGUGCUAAUUGUGAUUAUGGAACCAAUGAUAAAUACUAUUUCAAACAACAUCUUUUAAAACACAGAGUUUUUAAAGAUUUUAGAUGUGCUAGUUGUCACUAUUGCACGAAUAAUAAAAACAACUUCAAACAACAUCUUUUAAUACAUAGUGAUUCUAAGGAUUUUAAAUGUGCUACUUGCGAUUAUGAGACAAAUAAUAAACGUCUUUUCAAACGACAUCUUCUAAACCAUAAGGUUUCUAAAGAUUUUAAAUGUGGUCAUUGUGAUUAUGAGACAAAUCAUAAACCCCACAUCAAAGGACAUUUGUCAAAACAUACAAGUUCUAAGGAUUUUAAAUGUGCCGAUUGUGAUUACGGUACAAAUAUUAAACACCUCUUGAAACAACACCUUUUAAAACAUAAGGUUUCUACGGUUUUUAAAUGUGCUGAUUGUGAUUACAGGACAAAUAAUAAACACCUCUUCAAACAACAUCCUUUAACACAUAAAGAUUCUAAGGACUUUAAAUGUGCUACUUGCGAUUUUGAAACAUAUAAUAAACAUUUCUUCAAACGACAUCUUUUAAAACAUAAAGUUUCUACCGAUUUUAAAUGUGAUACUUGUGACUAUGGGACAAAUG